AUGAAAGCACCACGGUUGAAACAAAUUAGAAGGCUGGUAAAGAAUUUAGAAAGGGCUGGUUACAGGGCCCCUUUUAACAUACUUGCAGACCACGAAUUUCUCAUUGCAUACCACAAGUCACAGAUGAGUUUGAGCUUUCUUGAGAAAUUAUUAAAUGGGAAGAUAAGAGUAUCCACCACAUCAUGCGAGUACAAACGGUACACCGCAGCUGUCAAAGAUAAAAAAUUAAUAGGGUACGUUGCAUUAAAGAAAUGCAAGCACGCAGAUGAGUUUAGAACACUUGAGUGUCUUUCAGAAGUGGUGGCAGACAAUAAUCCACACCACUACUUCAUGGCAGUUGCAGCGAAGUAUGCCAGGCUCAAAGAGGAAAAGAAAGUCCCUGUCAUAUUCAUUCGGUCUGGUGUCGUGUGUAUAGAGACAGACCCUUCUCUAAUCAAAGACAUAAAGGAAAAAGAGCCAGAAGGUCUUUCAUCAAAGGAGAAAGAACGGCUAGAGGCAAUGUUCAAUGACACUGUAUGCUAAUUAAACACACU